CGGGUUGAAUUUUCUAAUCUAGUACAGUCUGAAAUCUCCAGGAUUGAUUUCAUCAAAGUUCAGAUUUUUUAAUAUAGUUAAGAGUGUUAUUGGUUUAUUUUGACGGACCCACCUUUAAGUAAGGUGUGUCAACGACACACCUUGGUUCGAAAUUUUUGUGAAGAACCUAUAUUAUUUCGCUGUAAAAAAUUUGAACACGGGAUCUCCGACACACCUAUAAUAAUUGUAACCUACACAUCUUAUUACAUAACAAAAAUUUUGUUGUCAUAAUUUUAUUAAAAUAUGUAUAUAUAAGAGUUACUGGACUUCAGAAGUAACUAGAUAAUGUUCCAGACUGUAUUUCCCUGUAGCUUCUUCCAUAGAUUUUUCUUUUAAGUUAAUUUUCAACUUGCUUUCUAGUUUAGUUAUUUCUUUCCACGUUGACAUCUGUCGCCACACUCCAAUUAUCGGCGUCGAGCCGGCGACAUCCUCAUUCAAACUUUCAUAUUGACACUUUUGGCCACCCUUCCAAAUACUCAUACUAGUUUUCCCAUCUUAAAUUAGUGAUGACUUUACCUUUUGCAACUGCUAGCUACAAAAUGACAUUUUCCAUAUAUGAGUUUAAUCGAGAACAAUCUUUGGUAUAAGGUGAGUGACUAGUUUAUGAAUAAUUGUUUAAUCAUGUACAUAAAAAAAGAUUUGAUUGCAACCUAAUGGACAAAUGUAAUUACGAAAUUUGUUAGAAUAUGAAAACUCGUCGUGGUUCACUGUAAAAAAUAAUGAAAUUGGUGAACUUUAUGAAUAAAAAUUUUAUGUUUAUUUUAAAUUAUUUUAAUUAAUUAAAUAUUUUUAAAUUAUUUUUAUUGGCCGACACACCUAUGCUAAAAUCCUGGGUCCGCCACUGAAGGUAUUACUGAAGAUGUUCGAACAUAAAACCUUUAAGUUCAAAACUAGUAGUAGUACCACUAGAUCAACUUCUUGUUCAGAAAAGUUCGGCAUUAAACGGAAAUCAUGGGCAUAAGGUAGCUGAUGAUGAUUCAACAUGUAUAGGUGCUUUUAAUCUCUUGGAUCCUCCAGUUUUGAUAAAGUUAAAAGGAUCCAAAUUGGACAUAAACUGUUGUAUUUACUUGAAAUUAUAAGUCCUAAUUAGACCACAGCCAAAGUUUCCACAACAACCAACCCAUGGAAGAUUUUAUGCGCGGUUUUAUAUGUUAUAUAGAAUACAUGCAAGUUGAUUUAUAAUAUAGAUUAUGAACCUUAAAAUUCAUGUCAUGUAAAUUACAAACCACACUAUACAAUCAAAACCCCACUCAAGCCUAACUUUCCCCCUGUUUAUAUCUCUAUUAUUAUUAUUAUUAUUUGUCCUUGCCAAUUUGGCCCUUUAUCACUUUACAUAUGACAGGAGUCAAACUGGCAUUUGAAUUCCUUUCUCAAGGUAAAGAAAAAAGAAAGAUCUCAACCCAAAAUCCUAUAUGUUAACCUCAGUCAGUCCACCAUCCCCAAAAUUUAAUAAUUAAUUUUUCAAACUUGACUAUAUUAGUAAACAACAAUACCCUUUUCCUCAGAAUUCAAUUUACUCGGUUUAAUUAGAUGACUUAAUUGCAUUAUUAGUCCAUUAAAAAUAUUGCCACUCAACAACCCAAUUUCUUAACAUAUAACCAUCGUUAUAAAUAGACAAACUCCCCAAACACCCACUUCCCAUUCGCAGCUUCACAACAUCACAUCCAUCUCUCUCAUUAAUUUUCCAAUCCUCCUUUCCCUCCAAGGCUCCAACCCAACAAACCAAACCAAUGGCUACUCCUACUAGUAUUACUAUAAACCGCUCCACCCUGGUCAAACCGGCCAAACGGACAUGGUCCGGCCGGAUGUCCCUCUCCGAGUGGGACAUGAUCGGAGCCAUAACCCACGUCCCGACGGUCUACUUCUACAAAUCAACCUCCUCCACCUCCCACCCGAACCUCCUCGACCACCUCAAGGACUCGCUGGCCCGAACCCUGGUCACGUUCUACCCGCUGGCAGGCCGGCUCGAGCCGGUCGGGGGAGGCCGGUUCGACCUGGACUGCAACGGGCUAGGGGUCCGGUUCAUCGAGGCGGAAGCCAGGACGACGUCGCUUGAUGAGCUCGGCGGCGACGAGGACCUGUCGAGCUGCACGGAUUUCCAGCCGCUUAUCCCGGAGGUGGACUACACGCGCCCGUUCGGCGAGUGGCCGCUGUUGUUGGUCCAGGUGACAAAGUUCAGGUGCGGCGGGAUCGGCCUCGGGUUCAACAUCUCCCAUGCUGUCGUGGACGGGCUCAGCGCGCUCCAUUUCUUCAACGAGUGGGCCCGGGUGGCACGUGGCAAGGGGAUCGGGAUGGUGCCGUUUCUCGAUCGGAAGGUUCUCCGGGCCGGCCAGCCGGCGGUGAGUAGGCAUCCUAGGUUUGAUCCGGCUGAGUUCCAGCGACCGCCGGUGCUUCUCCCCGAGGCCGGCUGCUCCAAUAACAAAGGAAACAAACCACACUACGAAACCAAAGUGGCGAAACUGAAGAUGACCAAGACCAAAGUCCAGAUGCUGAAAGACAUGGCCAACGAGACCACCUUCGACCACCGCCCAUACUCCACCUACGAAACCCUAACCGCCCACAUCUGGAGGUGCGCAUGCAAGGCAAGAAAACUCAAACCCGAACAGCUCACAUCCGUCGGCGUCUGCGUCGAUUCCCGCCGGCGCAUGAACCCUCCUUUACCCAACGCCUACUUCGGCAACGCGGUGCUCGACAUCAAGGCCGUGAGCCGCUCCGCCGACCUCAUCACAAAGCCUCUAGGUUACGCCGCCGGGAAGAUAAGGAGGGCCGUGGAGAAGGCCGACGGCGAGUUCCUGACCUCGGCCAUCGACUACCUGAAGAACCAACCCGACUUGACCGAGUUCCAGGACUUCCAUGAUGGCGAGGAGGAGGACGAUGACGAGGGGCCGUUCUUCGGGAUGCCGAACCUGGGUGUGAUCAGCUGGCUGAGGCUGCCGUUGCUAGGGCUGGAUUUCGGGUUCGGGAAGGAGGUGUACAUGGGUUCGACCCAUGAGUUCGACGGUGACACGAUGCUGUUGCAAAGUCAGGAUGGGGAUGGUUCCAUCGUGCUCGCCAUUUGCCUGAGGGUUGACCAUAUGGAGGCGUUCAAGCGGUGUUUCUAUGAUGAUAUUAUUGUUUAGGGUUUGUUUAGGGUACGUAUACGUGUUUGGUGAGGAGGUAUAAUAUACGGAGAGAGAGAGGAUACUGUCAUACUGAUAAUAAUCGCUAGCUAGCGAGCUCAUAAUAGUACACAUAUAUACGUUUACAAUAAAUUAAGCUAGUGGUUAGAUCGUGGUUUGUACCCAAUAGAAAUAUGUAGUAGUUAGUUUGAAACUAUAUAUAAGCUCUGUCAUUUCCCUUGUUUUAUAUAUAUUAUAUGGAAACUACCUAGCUAUACCUAAGCUGAUAAUUAAGCAUAUACUUAUAUACGGUUGUCGACUCUUUUCCAUGUUCUGCUGGUCAUGUCCGUAUUAUAUGUUUGGGACGAAACAUGAAUGCUAAAAAUUAGUAGGUGCCGUUUGAGCUUGAAUCAUAAGAUUGACAAGAUGUGUUUUAUUUUUUAUUUUUUUGGUGAUGAAAUGAGUGCCAGUAUCGUUGCCUCUUAUUCCACAAUCAAAUAGACGACGGUAAAACUUCUUACAAAGCUAAAAAUGGAAAAAUUAUGAAUGACGAUCAUUACUGUCAAAUAAUUAAGUCUGAUGGAUAUAUACCAAGCAAUCGGGUCGGGAAUGAUCAUAUGUGUGACUAGAACUAGCUAGACUGGCAUGUCGUCGGUUAUUUUCUUUUAAUUUAUAAGUGCCACUCAGUUUAGUCAUAACAUAAAUUUUGUCAAUCUUAUUUGAAGCAAUGCUGUAUUACUGUCCUAAAUAUAAUUAAAGCUACAGUGUGAUUAUCACACUGUUGCUUAAGAGCUUUUCUAUUUUGUACCACUGUCAUUCUUUUUUUAAUGACCCGCGGGACUUAUCACCGUAGCAUGGCACUUCCGGUGGGAUUUUUACAUAAAAUAUGUUUAGAUUUGGGGAAGUCGGCGGUCUAAGGGAGGUUUGGGGAUUUUAGAAUUAUUAUGUUUAUGAAUAUAUUGUAAUCAGGGAUAAUUAUUAUUUCUUCUUUUUAGUUUUGGCUAAUUGAUGAUGAGAGUUGGCCACGUUUUAGAGUUUUAUCAAAAGUAAUCUAAAUCGUACCGGAAAAGUUAGUAUUAGAGUAUUUUGUGUUAAAAUCAUAAUUCAAUCGUGGUUAAAAUUAGGCUUGACACGUUGUUCAAACCCGAGCCCUGAUUUAUGUUGAGAAAAGAAUCAAAAAUUGUAAAAUCAUAAUAAAGGUCGUACAGGUAAAGUUAACAUUAAGGUGUUUUGUGCUAAAAUAGUGGUUAAAUCAGGCUAGACACGUUGCUCCAACCCGAGUCUCGAUGAAUGUUCAUAAAAAAUAGAAAAUUUAUAAAAUCAUACCGAAGUUCGUACCAAAAAAAUUAGCAUUAGGUCAUUUUGUGCUAAAAUCGUACUUCAGUCACGGUUAAAUCAUUUCAUACAGCUAAAAUCACCUACCGAUUUAGAUUCCUUUAGUAGUUUUUCUAUUGGACUACCAGUACGGUAAGAUCGUAGUUCAACCAUGGUUAAAUCAGGCUAGACGCAUUGCUCCAACCCAAGCCUCGAUUUAUAUUCAGAAAAAAACUAAAAUGGUACAACCAUACCGAAUGUCAUACAAAAAAGUUAGAAUUAGGGUAUUUUGUGCUAAAACUGUAAGUCAACUAUGGUUAAAUCAGAUUUGACCAGUUGUUCCAACCCGAGCAUCAAUUUAUGUUCAGAAAACCAAAAAUUGUAAAACCAUUCCUAAGAUCAUACCGAAAAAGUUAGCAUUAGAGUACUUUGUGCUAAAAUCGUAGUUUAACCAUGGUUAAAAUAAGGCUUGAAAUGUUGCUCCAACCCGAUCCUCGAUGUACAUAGAAAAUCCAAAAUUUGUAAACCACACCGAAGUUCUUACCCAUAAAGUUAGCAUUAUGAUAUUUUGUGCUAAAAUCAUAGUUCAUUCGUAGUUAAAUCAUGCUUUACGCGUUGCUCCAACCCGAGCCUUGAUGUGUAUUGAGAAAAUACCAAAAAUUAUAAAACCAUACCGAAAGUCGUACCAAUAAAGGUAGAAUGAGGAC